GGGAAUUUUGCAAGUUUGCUUCCCGCUGCUCGAGCUUCUGCUGAAAACCUCUUCAGAACUCCCUCAGGAACUCCCCCCUAAAGCACACAGGAGUCUCCCAACCCCUCCACUCCUUUCAGCAGCUAUGGGAUUAGUGUGAUUACCACACCCCCUGGACUGCAAUUGCUCGUGACCUUUUUCAGUCAUUUUGCUUCGCGUCGGGGGUGCAAAAAGACCUGUCGUCAAGCUUUGAUUGCCCAUCAUGGCCACCACCUCGCAUAUGUUCAUGUACUCGCUGACGAUCCAGCCCCCUACUGCGAUCACACAGGCCAUCCUCGGUCAGUUUGCGGGUACUAAGGAGCAGCAGAUCGUCACUGCCUCCGGGUCCAAGCUGACCAUCCACCGUCCCGACCCAUCGCAGGGAAAGGUCACCCCGAUCUACUCCCAAGAUGUCUUUGGCAUCAUUCGUUCUUUGGCAGCGUUCCGACUGGCUGGAAGUAACAAAGCUUCCCGGGUAGCACGGUCUUGGUUUUCCGAUCCGGUCCCUUGAUGGGCUCCGGAACCUGCCCGGGCCAGCAACAUGAACGCUAUAUAAACCCGUUUCGCGCGAACUUUGCUGAGUCAUUCUCUUUCAGAUUACAUUAUCAUCGGGUCUGAUUCGGGUCGCAUCACGAUCAUUGAAUAUGUUCCCUCCCAGAACCGCUUCAACCGGAUCCACUUGGAAACAUUUGGCAAGUCCGGGGUUCGCCGAGUUGUCCCGGGCCAGUAUCUGGCCGUAGACCCCAAGGGUCGAGCAUGUCUAAUUGCCUCUUUGGAAAAGAAUAAGCUGGUCUACGUUCUCAACCGCAAUUCUCAGGCCGAGCUCACUAUCUCGUCUCCGCUUGAGGCACACAAGCCGCAGACCUUGGUCUUCGCCAUGACUGCACUGGACGUGGGCUAUGAAAACCCCGUCUUUGCUGCUCUUGAGGUGGAUUACUCGGAAGCCGAUCAGGAUCCGACUGGUCAGGCGUACGAGGAGAUCGAGAAGGUGCUUGUCUACUAUGAGCUUGACCUGGGCCUCAACCAUGUUGUUCGGAAAUGGUCUGACCCUGUCGAUCGUACCGCCAAUAUGCUGUUCCAAGUGCCAGGAGGAGCAGAUGGCCCCAGCGGUGUUCUCGUGUGCGCGGAGGACAACAUCACCUACCGUCACUCGAACCAAGACGCCUUCCGUGUGCCCAUUCCACGCCGGACUGGACCGACCGAGAAUCCGGAAAGGAAACGCACCAUCGUGUCAGGCGUGAUGCAUAAGAUGAGAGGCGCCUUCUUCUUCCUCCUUCAGACGGAAGAUGGCGACAUGUUCAAGUUGACCCUUGACAUGGCCGAAGAUGAGAAUGGUCAAAUCACUGGCGAGGUCAGACGGCUGAAAAUCAAAUACUUUGACACUGUCCCCGUUGCCUCCAGCCUGUUGAUCCUGAAGAGUGGUUUCCUCUACGUCGCCAGUGAAUCGGGCAACCACAAUUUUUACCAAUUUGAAAAACUUGGUGAUGACGACGAGGAGACCGAAUUCAGCAGUGACAACUUUUCCGCCGACCCCUCCGUACCCUAUGAGCCGAUCUUUUUCCACCCUCGCACCGCGGAGAACUUGAACCUCAUGGAGAGCCUGAAUUCACUCAAUCCAUUGACGGAUAGCAAGGUUGCCAACCUCACUGGCGAUGAUGCUCCACAAAUCUACACCGUGGGUGGAACUGGCGCGCGGAGCUCCUUCCGAACACUCAAGCAUGGGUUGGAAGUCUCAGAGAUUGUCGAGUCAGAACUUCGAACAGUACCCUCAGCAGUCUGGACCACGAAACUCACUCGGGGUGAUGAGUAUGAUGCUUACAUCGUGCUCUCCUUUGCCAAUGGUACUCUCGUCCUCAGUAUCGGAGAGGUCGUGGAAGAGGUUUCAGACACUGGGUUCCUCUCUACCGCCCCGACACUCGCAGUGCAGCAGCUGGGCGAGGACUCUCUGAUCCAAGUCCACCCUCGCGGUAUCCGUCACCUGAUGGCUGAUCGCCGCGUUAACGAGUGGCCCGCACCGCAACACCGAUCCAUUGUGGCUGCGGCUACCAAUGAACGGCAGGUGGCUGUCGCUCUCAGCUCUGGUGAGAUCGUCUACUUCGAAAUGGAUGCCGAUGGAUCACUCGCAGAAUAUGACGAACGCCGUCAAAUGUCUGGCACGGUUACUUGCUUGAGUUUGGGCGAGGUUCCAGAGGGCCGGAUGCGCAGCUCUUUCCUGGCUGUUGGCUGCGAUGACUCCACCGUCCGCAUCCUGAGCUUGGAUCCAGAUUCCACCCUCGAAAACAAGUCCGUGCAAGCUUUGACGUCGGCACCCUCGGCUCUGAACAUUAUUGCCAUGGCCGACUCGAGCUCAGGCGGCACCACACUUUAUCUGCACAUCGGUCUCUACUCCGGUGUUUACCUCCGCACCGUACUGGAUGAGGUUACCGGCGAGCUUUCUGAUACUCGGACACGCUUCCUGGGUGCAAAGCCUGUGAAGCUUUCGCAAGUCUCCGUGAAGGGCCAAACUGCCGUUCUGGCCCUCAGCUCGCGCCCAUGGCUCGGAUAUUCUGAUAUUCAGACGAAGAGCUUCAUGCUCACUCCCCUCGACUGUGCUAGUAUUGAAUGGGGCUGGAACUUCUCUAGCGAGCAGUGUGAGGAGGGCAUGAUUGGUAUCCAGGGCAAGAAUCUACGAAUUUUCUCCAUCGAUAAGCUUGACAACAACAUGCUGCAGGAGUCAAUCCCCUUGGCUCAUACUCCACGUCGCUUUGUCAAGCACCCUGAGCAGCCCCUCUUCUAUGUCAUCGAAUCCGACAACAACGUUUUGUCCUCUGCGACGCAACAAAGCCUCCUUGAGGACUCGAAAACUCGCAAUGGUGAAGCCCAGAUACUUCCUCCGGAAGACUUCGGUUACCCUCGUGGCACCGGACACUGGGCAUCAUGCAUUCAAAUUGUGGACCCUGUCUCGACCAAGCAAGUGGUCUUCACUCUUGAAUUGGAAGACAAUGAGGCCGCAGUCAGUAUUGCCGCAGUACCAUUCUCCAGUCAAGAUGAUGAGACAUUUUUGGUUGUCGGAACGGCCAAGGAUCUGACUGCCGAUUCUCCUUCAUCCGCUACUGGUUUCAUUCACAUCUAUCGCUUCCAAGAGGACGGGCGGGAACUGGAGUUCAUUCAUAAGACCAAGGUUGAUGAACCUCCCUUGGCUCUUCUUGCUUUCCAAGGCCGAGUGCUCGCCGGUAUUGGUUCGCUUCUCCGGCUUUACGAUCUGGGAAUGAAGCAGCUGCUUCGUAAAUGUCAGGCUCAUGUUGUGCCGCAUACCAUCGUCGGUCUUCAAACACAAGGAAGCCGAAUCAUUGUCAGCGAUACACGUGACAGUGUGACUUACGUCGUUUACAAGUACCAGGAGAACAUACUGAUUCCAUUCGUGGAUGACACUAUUUCUCGCUGGACAACAUCUACAACGAUGGUAGAUUAUGAAACCACUGCUGGUGGCGACAAGUUUGGCAACAUCUGGCUGCUUCGUUGCCCCAGCAAGUUCUCCGAGGAGGCUGACGAGGAUGGAUCUGGUGCUCACCUUGUGCACGAGAGAGGCUACCUUCAGGGAACGCCCAAUCGUCUGGAGCUCAUGGUCCACUACUAUGUGCAAGACAUUCCUACGGGCAUACACAAGGCGCAGCUGGUGGCUGGUGGUCGUGACAUCCUGGUUUGGACCGGCUUCCAGGGCACGGUUGGUAUGUUUGUUCCUUUCGUCAGCCGUGAAGAUGUCGAUUUCUUCCAGAGUCUGGAGAUGCAGCUGGCUUCUCAACACCCUCCCCUGGCUGGUCGGGACCACCUGAUCUACCGCGGUUACUAUGCCCCCUCCAAGGGUGUCAUUGACGGCGACUUGUGCGAGAUGUACUUCCUGUUGCCGAACGAUACGAAGAUGAUGAUUGCCGCCGAGCUCGAUCGCUCUGUGCGCGAGAUCGAGCGUAAGAUCUCGGAUAUGCGAACGAGAGUGGCUUACUGAUUUUAUGAGGGUACUUUCGGCGUCUGGAUGCGGCGUUGUUGCUCUGUGGGCUUCAGAUACCUAGUUCUUUUACCAAUUGACAUAACGAUGGGUGGGCUUUCCCACCGUCCUUCCUCUUCUCCCCCGUCUCUUUUUUUUUUUCCCUCCCAGUUAUCUCAAUCCCAUGAUAUCCUAUUAGGAUGUCGUCUCUUGCCUCGCUCGGUCUGCCGUCUUCACUCGGCUAAUCUUGAGCUGGAUGCCGCCCAUUCACUUUCGUGUCUGGCCAGUAUGAGACAAGAAGGAGCGUGGAUUUCCACGCGUCGACGUUUUUUGAGUACGGUUUCAUCCGCAUUGCACCACGGAUCCACACCGUAAUUUAUCUGUCGGGACAGCUCUUGUAAGAAUCGAUAGUGUUAUGAAUAGGACAGAAGACAAACAUUGAAAUCAAAAGCCUACUUUCCCUGGUUAAAUCCAAGACCACACCAAGAGAUGUUGAUUGAACGUCGGGUUGCAUCCAAGUCAUUCUCAUUCUAUGUAUAUUAGAAUUAAAGUCACCUGAUGAGGAUCCCGGCGUCCCAGCCUGACGCCGAUCACAGAUUAGCCGACUCGACCAGCCGGCUUCAACCACCGAGAUUGACGGCCUACUAUGAGCCAGCACGAACGAUUUCCCCCCCUUUCAUCCCGUUGUCGACUCCGAAAACUGCACCCACUCGGCAUGGCCAGAUGCUCGGUUACGGUCGGAAAAUUCUGGAUCCUCCCGAGACUCCGGCUACCGUCGUCUCUGCUUGUGCUUCUCCUCGGGAAAGUCCUUGACGGAGCCCCCAUAAUAUGGUGUCAUAGCGACAAGAGAAUCACGGACAUUCAAGGUCGACAUCAUCUAAAUCUCCAGAAGGUUGAUAUCGAACGCCAGGCUGACAAACCUAAUACGAGCGCGCAAGGUUUUCCCAUGCUUUGAAAUCCCAGGUUGAUGUCAGCAGUCAGUCGGUGCUCCAAUCACUACCUGCGACUCCCCGCGAUGGCUGGGGAGCAUGAUUGGCCUGUUGCGGCAAUCAACGACCGAGCGUCUUCCAUCCAGAGAAUGUGAGUGGGUCACCUCGAUUGUCGCAACAAGCCGCUAGUGGAGACCCGAAGGGCGUGCAUGUCGGCGUAAGGCGCGGUCCACCAAUGAUUCCAGCUAGGCCAGACCCACCCCGUGUCUGUUCAGACUUUCAGACUCAGAGCUUGGGUCCUUUCUGCUUUUGAAGAGAGCUCGAUAAUCGGAUUUGCGGACAGCUCGAUGCUGGGCAUAACUCUAUUGCCAAAAGACGAGCAGAAUGGCGACAGAAGUGUAUGUUUCAAGGUCACACAUUUCAUGGUGGUGCUUCUGCUCAUUCAUGUCUGCGCGAUGCAGCUCGGAUCCCUGGCCGAGCUCUAGGGAUUUUUUUAUUAUUUUUAUUAUUAUUAUUAUUUUUUUCUCAAAAUUAUUG